AUAACAGCUGUCACUGUCAUAUAACACAUACAAUGUCGUUCAUUUCAUAAUUUUUUUAUAAAUCCCAUUUUACGUUUCGCUUAAAAAUCUUUCUAUCGCCACUUCGAAUAAUGAAACCUUUCUGAUUCUUCCAGUUUAGCUAUAAUAACUAACGUAAGCCUCUUUUACACAAAUAUUAGUAAUUAGUUACAAAUUCUGACCUUUCCAAAAAUUCUGACCUAAUAAUGAGUACAGAGUACGUUCAAAUUAAGGAUUUAAAGCCGGGUAUGAAGAAUAUAAACGCAAUAUUUAUAGUAUUAGAGGUAGGACCUCCGACAUUGACCAAGGAAGCGCGCGAGGUGCGUACGCUGCGCGUGGCGGACGCUUCAGCGUCAGUAAAUCUAUCCGUUUGGGAUGAACCCGGCGCGCUUCUGCAGCCCGGUGACAUCGUGCGUCUCACGCGCGGUUACGCUUCCCUAUGGCGUCAGGCUCUCACUCUCUAUUCUGGCAAAUCAGGUGACAUACAAAAAGUAGGAGAGUUUUGUAUGCUGUUCAAUGAACAAGUCAAUAUGAGUGAACCGCAGCCAGCUCCGCCACCCGCCGCUGCAGGGUCGCAAGACAGAACAAACGGAGCUCACACUACAGGAAGGAAUUUACCACCCACAUCACAGGUGUCUGCAACUGGUACACAACAAAUGCAGUCCAAAAAUGAACGGUUCAACCAAAACUCACAAGAACACAGCAACAAGCACCAGCACAAAACAUAUGUGCGGGGCCGUGGACACCAGAGAGGCAAUAGCCGGCGGUAACCAUCAGCACAGUAGCAUGCUGGCUACUCAAGAUAAACAUGAACAUUAUUAGGACGAUCAAAGUGUAAGCCAUACUUGUUACCUCUUUAAGUUUAAAUGUACAUAAGCAAAUCAUGUUGUUAGACUUACAAUGAUGGUUUUGGCAUUUUAUGACACACUAAUGGUCAUCAUGAUAAUGGGGUAAAUAUGUGUAAAUUGGUUUUAGGAUCUUAUAUUGUCUAAGUUUAUUUAUUCAUAGUAUUGAAUUAACAUGAAUACUGCCAACUCUCUCUUAAAUAAACUUGUCAUAAAAUUGUAAUUUACUGUGCAUAAUAUGAAAUUUGUGUACAACCAUAUAAUUUCAAUUUUAAAAUAAAAUAUGGUAACUCAUUACAGUAAGUUUUUAUCUGUUCUAUAUAAAUACUAUUUAAAUAUGUAUAUUGAAAUAUUUUUCCCAGAUGGAAAGUUGUUCAAUAUGAUUAUGUGUUUAUAAAUAUAAUGUUGCAAAAAAAUCACAGCAAACUUUAUUACAGCCAAACUGUCUCCAGCAUGGAGGCUGGCAAACAGUGUUCCAUAUGACACAAGUAAUACAACCAAUAAAAUUCUAUUGAAAUA